AUGUUCAUCCUCACAACCAUCUCGGACCUGGUGCAGAUCUCGCCAGAGGACUUCUCGAAGCUCAGCGCAGUCGCUAUCGAGGACAACAUCAACGAGAAAUACGCCAACAAGGUGAUAGAUGCGGAUGGCAGGCUAACUGAGGUCCAGGUCAUUCAGAAUGUCGGCCUUUGCAUCGCCUUCUAUGACCUGCUGGAGUCCUCGGACGGGCUGAUCGGCCAUGGAACAGGCCUGGUCAACGUCAACGUCAAAUUCCGGAUCAUCGUGUUUCGGCCGUUUAAGGGAGAAGUCAUCAUCGGGAAGAUCACGAAUGGAACAGAGCAAGGCAUUAAAAGUACGGGAACAGCCCAUUUUGAUAUCGAUAGUGAUAUUGACGGUGAAGAUGCUAACGACGAGCAGUUGGAGUUGAGUUCUUCAACGACAUCAUCGUCCCUCCAGACCUGCUGCUGGACGGUGCUAGAUUUCGACAGUGACAUGAAAGACCAGGUCUGGAUAUGGGACAACGGCGAGGGAGGCAUCUUCUACUUCGACGUUGGCGAGACUGUCCGCUUCCGGGUCGAGCAAGAGGAAUGGCACGACCAGGUCCCCAGCGGCCCCGAUCUGCAGGACGGGCUCGCAACGCCGGACCGAAAGCCUCCCUACUCGAUCAUCGUAUGUCAACCUUCUACACCGUAUAAUUAUAUUUAUAUUUAUGUCUACAAUACUAACAGCCCCCAGGGUUCAAUGCAAGUUGCUGGUCUUGGUCUGGUAGCCUGGUGGUCGUGA